ACACAGGAGUGUCCAUGCCGACAACACUGAUAUGGUUAGACUCCUGUGCCAGUGUCUACAGUGCAGAAAAUUAACAUUCAAGGAUAUCUUUUGUCAUUUAAGGAAGUUAAAUGAUGCCAAAAAAGAUGUUGAAUUGAUAGAACCUGAAUUGGAUGAUGCACAGUGUAGCCUUCGAGAAUUUCAUAAGAAGAUUACAGAUUUACAAGCUAGUCAUCAGUUGGAAUUAUGGAAAACCAUUAAAACUUUGGCACAUCAAUUACGAUGCGUUAAAUUUGACGUUAAAGAGAGCAUUGAGCCAAACAACAACACAUCAUUCCAGUCUGAUUAUUCUCCCGUAACAUCCGAGAGCAAUUCUUUAGCUACCAAAAGUAUUCCAUCGGUUGACCAAUCUCUGCUCCCCAGCUAUGAAGAGGAUAUGGACAAAGCUGACCAUUUGACCAAGGGAAGUGAGACUAGUAUUUCCCAGGCAUGCGCCUCACAGAUGUCUGAGAAAAGCGUGCCAGUGAGUUCUUUAGCAAGUCAUUCCCUUGGUACCAUACUGGCAGUGAAUUCUGAGCAAAGUAAAAUAUUGAAAAAUGAAAACCAAGCUUGCUACAAUAAGUUGAACAGCAUGCUGAGUGCCUUCGAGCAACAACAUCAGCAGUUACUGACAUCUGUUACAGACUUUGACUUCAACUAUUUGAAGAAGGAUAACCAACAUGCUGUAAAAGAUGAAACGCAGAGUUGUUUAGAUUGACUGUUUUUACAGCAUAUAACUCAUAGUACGUUUCAAUACUGCCUUGGUGUUUAUGAAAACUGUAAUAUAAAAAAAAAAUGGUUAAUGAUGUUUAAAGUUUCUAUUCUUGAUGUAUAAUAAAUUGUCUGAAAAUCA